AUGGACAAAAUUGAGUUUGAACGUUAUCGGGAUGAUCCAGAAUGGGAUGAUGUUCAUCCUAUACCACUCACGGAUGACGAACAAGCAGCCGUUCGGAUUGAAACCAGUGAUGCUUUUAACGAUGCAUUCAUGUAUCUGCGAGCUGUUGUGCUUAGCGAAGAGAUGUCGGAGAGAGCCUUUAAUUUAACUGCAAAGUGUAUUGAUUUGAAUCCUGCUAACUAUACUGUUUGGCAGUAUCGUCGUUCUCUUCUCAAAGCACUGAAUAAAGAUCUGAAUAAAGAAUUCAAUUUCAUUGCUGAAGUGAUUGAAGAAAAUCCUAAGAAUUAUCAGGUAUGGCAUCAUCGUCGAACAUUAGUAGAGUGGACAAACGAUGCCAGUCGAGAGCUUGAUUUUACGGCACGAAUGAUUGAGGAUGAAGCCAAGAACUAUCAUUCAUGGCAGCACCGUCAAUGGGUCAUUGAAAAAUUUAAGUUAUUCAGUCAACAGGAGUUGGAUUACAGUGCUGGGCUUUUAAUCGAAGAUAUGCGUAAUAAUUCAGCUUGGAACUAUCGGUACUUUAUACUUCAAGGAUUGGAUGCAUUGAAGGAUCCCAGUGUUUUGAAUCGGGAAAUUUUAAUGACUCAGUCUAUGAUCAAGAAAAUUCCAAGCAAUGAAAGUGCAUGGAAUUUCUUGUCUGGAAUAUUGCUGGAUAAAGGAGUCUCUUCGCGAGUGGAUGUAAUGCAGUUCUGUCUUGAACUAGGCGAGCAGAAACGUGUGCCACUUUGUCUUAGUUUCUUGGUGGAUAUAUUAAUAGAAAGGAUCGAGAAGAAAAUAGAAGUUAAAGACAGUGCUGCACAAGCAGUGCAAGUACUCCAAGAAUUAAAAGAGUUGGAUCCGAUACGAAAAAGAUAUUGGGAUUAUAACGAGAAAUUUGUCAAUAAUCUUAUCGAAUCGAAUUAA